GCUCCUGACUCUUUUGCCCCCCUCCCCUCCCCUCCCCUCCGGAUCCAUCCACGAAAAUCUCCUCCCCCUCCGAUUCCACCGCGCCGCACCGAUGGCACGAACCCCACGCAAGCGCCGCCGCCGCCGCGGCGGAGGGGGCCACGACUACCUCUCCGGCCUCCCCGACGACGUCAUCCUCGCCAUCCUCUCCCGCCUCACGACCCGCCAGGCCGUCACGCUCUCCGCCCUCUCCCGCCGCUUCCGCGUCCUCCCGUCCCAGUUCGGCCGCGUCGACUCCGCGCUCGUCGCCGACCCGGCCCUGCCGCUCCCGUCGCUCCCCGCGCGGCCGUCCUUCAUCCGCCGCCUCUCCUUCGCCCCCCAGACCCGCCGGUUCUCCUCCUCCGCGUUCGGCCGCCUCCUCGACGCCGCCGCCGACCGCGGCCUCUCCGAGCUCGCCGUCCGCCUGCCCCGCAGCGCGUUCCUUCCCCAGAACCUCCUCUCCAUCCGCUCCCUCACCGUGGUCUCCCUCGACUCCUGCGCGCUCCCGCGAUGGUGCCCCGCCGCGUGCCCUGGCCUCCGCACGCUCAAGCUCCACCACGUUGCCAUCCCGCAGCGGAUGAUCAGCGUCAUCCUCAAGGCCGCGCCCGUGCUCGAGACGCUGGAGAUGGUGUACUGCAUGGGAUUCGCCGGCAGCUGCAGUAUGGAGUCCUCCACGGUGAGGAACCUCCUGUUUAAGUCGGCUCUGGAGCAGCGUGAGGUCACGGUGAAAAUGGCGGGUCUGAGGACGAUCACGCUGUACACGCGCCCCAAGGUGCAGUCGGUUCGGCUGGAUCCUGCACCGGAAAUCAGGAAGGCAUACCUGCACAUCGCCAGGCCGCGCGUCAAACUGCAGUUCAGGAUACGGCCGUUCUUGGAUGCUGGCACGGGGUUGACCUGCCUCACGCUCAGGGGCAUGGCCAUCAAGUUGUUGUCAUCUGAAUAUAAAGACACUCCAAACUUGGCUGUACAAUUUGAAGACUUGAGAAUACUGUCAGUGAGCUUGGAUUUCUCAAAUGAAAGAGAACUCAUCUUCCUUCUGAAGCUGCUUGAGAGUUGCCCCAACCUGCAACAGUUGACUCUUUCGGCUGUUGAUGCAAAAGACGACACUGCAUUGCCAAAUUUUGCUGAUCAUGAGGAGAGGCUUUCAAAGUUAUCAUGCCUAACUAAGAGUUUGGAGCAGCUCAAGUUUCUUGGAUUCAGGCCUCAACGGUACCAGAAGGAACUCUUUAUCUUUCUGCUAACUCAAGCAACGAACCUGAAGAAGAUGGCGGUGGAGUUCCCGAAAGACCAAGAAGCUGCUGUGAGGAGAAUUUUGUCAGUGAGGAAAGCCCCCACUCAGAAGAAAACUACCAAGUACAAACAAUACUACUUGGAGUUAGAGUAUCCUGUGGAGCCCAACUGCUCAUAGGGCUCUCAAGUCGCUACAUGACUGGUCUCUCUUGGACAUACAUUCACUCCCUAGACUUUAACCCUUAGGUUGCAAUUCUCUUUACAGAGAUCACACGCCGGAAAAGUUCUUAUUCAUUGGCUUCAGGAUGUAACAAAACAUUUGAGAUGCUUUAUUGCUUCGUGCGUUAUGUAAUUUUCAAUUUUUUGUGUUACAAUGUUAUACAGGGAAGUAUGAGAAUACAUGGGGUUACGAGUACUUAAAA